CUCAUUUAUCUACACUCCAUCUCAUCUCUCUCAUCUCAUCUCAUCUCAUCUCUCUCUCUGUUCAACCUCACCUCACCACCACCCACCCGGAAGUCUAAAAUCGACAAUAUAAAGAUUAAAGAGAAAGAGAAAAGAAAGAAUGGCCAUCCCCCACUCCACAACCCAACGCCUCCUCCGCGAGCUAAAAGACUACACCAACAAUCCCAACUCCGCACUCCUCCACCUGGGCCCAACCAACGACGACGACCUUUUACACUGGGAGGCUGUCUUAAAGGGUGUACCUGGGACGCCAUAUGAAGGCGGCCUCUGGCAACUCCGCAUCACCCUCCCCCCCAACUACCCCCUCUCCCCACCAAAGAUAACAUUCGUAACGCGCAUCUCCCACCCGAACAUCUCCUUCACGACGGGCGAGAUCUGCCUCACGCUGCUCACAACGGAGCACUGGAGUCCCGUCUACACGCUAUCCACGACACUCUCGGCAAUCCAACACCUGCUGACGGACCCGCGGCCGGAUUCGCCGCUCAACGUGGACGUUGCGGCGCUGUUGAGGGAUGGGGAUGUGGCUGGGUGGGAGAGUAUUGUGAGGUAUUGGACUGGGGAGGAGAGGUGGGUUUCGUGAUCUAUCUUUUGGGAUUGUUUGUUUUCUGGGUUAUCUUAUUAUGGCAUAUUGUAUGCUUUGGUUUUUGGGAGGGGGUGAGAGGGGUUGAUGAUGUGGUGGUGGGUGAUCCUGGCUGUUGAUAUUUAUGACUGUUUAUAUUUUUAUCUUAUACAUACCCUGCAGUGCUUACUGCAAUGUCCAUACAUGCGAUGUUUCUACG